AUGAAUAUUUCCAUCUUGUUAAGGCAUUCAGGUAUAUGGGAAAGUGAUGUUAGGUACGAGCAAUACAAAAUUGAUGGCAUAGUGGUGGGGGAAAAUAUUUCGUUGGUUAAUCUCAAAUCAGCAAUUGCAGCAGAAUUGAACAUUGAUGAAUCAAAAAAAAAUAUAGAGAUCAGAUACGUUGUAGAAGGUAAUUCAUUGAAGCAAUUGUACAAGAAUAAGGCAACUCUAAUGGCUGUUAUGGAAAAAUAUAAAAUUAAGCAUAGCUUCAAUUUUAGAGUUAAGAGAUCUGAUAGCAAAAGCUACGUAUUAGUAUGUCAUUCAGAUGCUUGUUGUUGGGAAUUGAAGGCGUCCGUUAGGAAAAAUACGGACAUAUUCAAAGUGAGAUACUUCAAUAGUGAACAUAUAUGUCCAUUGAGGGAUAGGGUAUUAAGUAACGUUCAAGCUACUGUUGGGUUUCUUAGUGGUGUGACAGCUCCAAAGUUAGUGAAUCAUAAAAGAAAACAUACUCCAAACGAUAUAAUUGAGGAUGUUAGGGCCCUAUAUGCUGAACAUUGUGUAUCCAAAUUCAUAUAUACGUAUGCACAAGUCGGGAAAAAAUGA